AUGGCUGAGCAGUUGUCCCCAGAGAUGGCCCAGGUGACGGCUGCGGAUGGUGUUGAAGCCCCUCCGCUCCGGACCACCCGCCGCGGGUCCCAGCCCCCAGCCCCCGCCCGGGGCACUGAAGAAGGCAAACCACCGCUCCUACCUUCUCGCCGCAGCUCCAUCCUCAGCACCCUCCCGGGGCCCCUGGCCAGCCGCCGCAGCUCUCUUGGGGCAGCCCCAGGGGGCAGGCGCCCCUCCAUCGGCCCAUGGAUGCUCCACAGCCGUGUGAGCUUCUCUGGGCUCCCCCUUUUCCAGCCCAUCCUCAAGACCCGCCUCGAAAACACCUACAGGAUGGGGCCUGAUGAAGGCUGCAAGUUCGAUGCAGAGCGGGUGCAGCGGGUGCUGGAGGGGGCCUUGGCAGGCGCCUUGGGGACCACGGUCUACAGCCCCCAGGGCAGCGCCCCACUAGCCCAGAGCCUGGCCGAGCUGCUGCGGAGUCAGGCAAAGGAGGUGGUGCCACCCCGCUACAAGCUGGUCUGCCAUGUGCUGCUGGGCCAGCGGGGCCAGCAGAGCCUGCUGGUGGCCAGCCGGGCACUGUGGGACCCUGAGAGUGACAGCUUUGCUGCUGCCACCUUCUCCAAUACCUCCCUCUUUGCCGUGGCCACAGUGCAUGGGGUCUACUUUGAGUAG